GGGGCUUUGUGCGCGGAGGCGGCGGCGGCGGCGGCGGCGGCGACGGCGGCGGGAGCUGGCGGCGCGGAGAUCCGGACGGAGGCCGGGGCUGGGUGCCGGGCGCCUGGGAGAGGUGUGCAGCUUUCGACCAGAGCCCUGGGACCCCGCUGCCCUUCGGGGCCGCCAGCCUCCGGCUCCUCUCCGGCACCAGCUUCUACGCGGCGACCCCCGUCCGGCCGCCUCCCCUUCGUUCCCCGUCGCCCGCAGCCUUCCGUCUGCCCGCAAACGAGCCCGGCCGGCCGGGCCGUGGCCCUUCUCAGUGCCGGCCGCCAUGGCAGGGGUGCUCGGCGCGGGGGAAAUCUAGUCCGAGGAUUUCAUGAGGCCUAGCUCGGUUCCGUCUCCUGCGCCCGCGGUCCUGGCAGCUGCCGGCAACCCAGCCCCACUUUGGGCCUCCGUGUCUCUCCUGUGAUCGUACUGACACGGCAGGGGGGUUAGAAUGGAACAAACUGAAGGCUCGAUGAGAGAAAGGGAAAGUUAAGGAUGCUGGAGCAGAACAAUGGAUUUCUCUUUCUCUUUCAUGCAAGGGAUCAUGGGAAACACAAUUCAGCAACCACCUCAACUCAUUGACUCAGCCAACAUCCGCCAGGAGGAUGCCUUUGAUAACAACAGUGACAUCGUUGAAGAUGGUGGCCCAACACCCUUCGAAGCUACUUUGCAACAAGGUUUUCAAUAUCCACCUACAACAGAAGACCUUCCUCCACUCACAAAUGGCUACCCACCAUCAAUCAGCUUGUAUGAAACUCAAACCAAAUACCCGCCAUAUAAUCAGUAUCCCAAUGGGUCAGCCAACGGUUUUGGUGCAGUUAGAAACUUUAGCCCUACUGACUAUUACCAUUCAGAAAUUCCAAACACAAGACCACAUGAAAUUCUGGAAAAACCUUCUCCUCCACAGCCACCUCCUCCUCCUCCUUCGGUACCACAAACUGUGAUUCCAAAGAAGACAGGCUCACCUGAGAUUAAACUAAAAAUAACCAAAACUAUCCAGAAUGGCAGGGAAUUGUUUGAGUCUUCCCUUUGUGGAGACCUUUUAAAUGAAGUACAGGCAAGUGAGCACACAAAGUCAAAGCAUGAAAGCAGAAAGGAAAAGAGGAAAAAAAGCAACAAACACGAGUCAUCUAGAUCUGAAGAGCGCAAGUCACACAAGGUCCCCAAGUUAGAGCCAGAGGGACAGAAUAGACCAAAUGAGAGGGUGGACACUGCACCAGAAAAGCCAAGAGAAGAGCCAGUGCUCAAAGAGGCCGUCCCGGUUCAGCCAAUACUGUCUUCUGUUCCAACAACAGAAACGUCCACUGGCGUUAAGUUCCAGGUUGGUGAUCUUGUUUGGUCCAAGGUGGGAACCUAUCCUUGGUGGCCUUGUAUGGUUUCAAGUGAUCCCCAGCUUGAGGUCCAUACCAAAAUUAACACAAGAGGUGCCCGGGAAUAUCAUGUCCAGUUUUUUAGCAACCAGCCAGAGAGGGCAUGGGUUCAUGAGAAGCGGGUACGCGAGUAUAAAGGUCACGAACAGUAUGAAGAGCUACUAGCCGAGGCAGCUAAACAAGCCAGCAAUCAUUCCGAAAAGCAAAAGAUUCGGAAACCCCGACCGCAGAGAGAACGCGCCCAGUGGGAUAUUGGCAUUGCUCAUGCAGAGAAAGCAUUGAAAAUGACCCGGGAGGAAAGAGUGGAACAGUAUACUUUCAUCUAUAUCGAUAAGCAGCCAGAAGAGGCUUCAUCCCAAGCAAAGAAGAAUGUUACCUCUAAGACGGAAGUCAAGAAACCCCGAAGACCAAGGUCUGUGCUGAAUAGUCAGCCAGAGCAGACCAGUGCUGGGGAGGUGGCCUCCUCACAGUCAAGUACUGACCUUCGAAGACAGAGCCAGAGGCGACACACUAGCUUGGAAGAGGAAGAGCCACCUCCUGUUAAAAUAGCCUGGAAAACAGCAGCUGCGAGGAAGUCCUUACCAGCUUCCAUCACAAUGCACAAAGGGAGCCUAGAUUUGCAGAAGUGUAAUAUGUCUCCAGUUGUGAAAAUUGAACAAGUGUUUGCUCUCCAGAAUGCAACAGGAGAUGGGAAGUUUAUUGAUCAGUUUGUUUAUUCAACGAAGGGAAUUGGUAACAAAACAGAAAUAAGUGUCAGGGGGCAAGACAGGCUUAUAAUCUCUUCACCAAGUCAGAGAAAUGAGAAGCCAACUCAGAGCACGUCAUCUCCGGAGGCAACAUCUGGUUCUGCAGGCCCAGUAGAAAAGAAGCAGCAGAGAAGAUCAAUCAGGACUCGGUCUGAGUCAGAGAAAUCCACCGAGGUUGUGCCAAAGAAGAAGAUCAAAAAGGAGCAGGUUGAAACAACGCCUCAGGCUUCCCUGAAGACUGGAUUACAGAAAGGUGCCAGCGAGAUUUCAGAUUCCUGUAAGCCUCUAAAGAAAAGGAGUCGCGCCUCAACUGAUGUAGAAACGGCUAGUUGCACAUACAGAGACACAUCUGACUCCGAUUCUAGAGGACUGAGUGACGGGCAGGUAGGCUUUGGAAAACAAGCAGAUAGCCCGUCAGCUGCUGCUGACGCAGAUGCUUCUGACGCGCAGUCGGUGGACUCGAGUCUGUCACGGAGAGGCGUCGGCAUGAGUAAGAAGGACACUGUGUGUCAGAUCUGUGAGAACACUGGAGAUUCUCUUAUUUCUUGUGAGGGGGAGUGCUGCAGACACUUUCACCUGGAGUGCUUGGGGCUGACUGCAGUCCCUGAGGGACGCUUCACCUGCGAGGACUGUGAGACUGGGCAGCACCCAUGUUUUUCAUGUAAAGUGUCUGGUAAGGAUGUGAAACGUUGUUCUGUUAGUGUUUGUGGAAAGUUUUAUCAUGAAGCCUGUGUCCGCAAAUUCCCCACUGCCAUCUUUGAGUCAAAAGGAUUCCGCUGUCCCCAGCAUUGUUGCUCUUCCUGCUCUAUGGAGAAAGACAUCCACAAAGCAAGUAAAGGCCGGAUGAUGAGGUGCUUGAGAUGCCCAGUCGCCUAUCACUUUGGAGAUGCGUGUGUCGCUGCUGGAAGUGUCUCUGUGUCCUCGCACAUUCUCAUCUGUAGUAACCAUUCCAAGCGGAGUAGUCAGUCUGCUGCUGUAAACGUAGGCUUUUGUUUCGUUUGUGCCAGAGGGCUGAUAGUUCAGGACCAUUCAGACCCCAUGUUCAGUUCCUAUGCCUAUAAAUCCCACUACCUACUGAGUGAAUCAAACCGUGCUGAGUUGAUGAAAUUACCUAUGAUUCCUUCUUCGUCAGCUUCCAAAAAGAGAUGUGAGAAAGGUGGAAGACUGCUCUGCUGUGACUCGUGCCCUGCUUCCUUCCACCCAGAAUGCCUGAGCAUAGACAUGCCGGAAGGCUGCUGGAAUUGCAAUGACUGUAAAGCUGGCAAAAAACUGCAUUACAAACAGAUUGUUUGGGUCAAAUUGGGAAAUUACAGAUGGUGGCCUGCAGAGAUCUGCAGUCCCAGGUCUGUGCCGCUGAACAUCCAGGGCCUUAAGCAUGACGUGGGGGACUUCCCUGUGUUCUUCUUUGGGUCUCAUGACUACUACUGGGUACACCAAGGCAGAGUGUUCCCUUAUGUUGAAGGAGACAAAAACUUUGCUGAGGGACAGACUAGCAUUAACAAGACCUUCAAAAAAGCACUGGAAGAAGCUGCAAAACGUUUCCAGGAGUUGAAAGCCCAGCGUGAAAGUAAGGAGGCUUUGGAGAUGGAGAGAACCUCCAGAAAACCCCCUCCAUACAAGCACAUCAAGGUCAACAAAGUCAUAGGCAAGGUGCAGGUCCAGGUGGCUGACCUGUCGGAGAUCCCCCGCUGUAACUGCAAGCCCGGGGAUGAGAACCCAUGCGGCCUGGAGUCGGAGUGUCUGAACAGAAUGUCACAGUACGAGUGUCACCCGCAGGUGUGUCCUGCUGGGGACCGCUGUCAGAACCAGUGCUUUACAAAGAGGCUGUACCCCGAUGCAGAGAUCAUCAAAACCGAGCGGAGAGGAUGGGGCCUCAGAACCAAAAGAAGCAUUAAAAAGGGGGAGUUUGUAAAUGAGUAUGUCGGUGAACUGAUUGAUGAGGAAGAGUGCAGACUUCGAAUCAAGCGAGCCCACGAGAACAGUGUAACUAAUUUUUAUAUGUUAACUGUUACCAAGGACCGGAUAAUCGAUGCUGGGCCAAAGGGAAAUUAUUCUCGUUUCAUGAAUCAUAGUUGUAAUCCAAACUGUGAGACACAGAAGUGGACUGUCAAUGGAGAUGUUCGAGUCGGACUGUUUGCUCUCUGUGACAUCCCUGCAGGGAUGGAGCUAACAUUUAAUUAUAACCUGGAUUGUCUGGGCAAUGGCAGGACAGUGUGUCACUGCGGAGCUGACAACUGCAGCGGUUUUCUGGGAGUGCGACCAAAGUCUGCAUGCACAUCAGCAGGCGACGAGAAGACAAGAAAUGCCAAGUUAAAGAGACGACGGAAAGUCAAAGCAGAAGGCAAGCAGAUCCACGAGGACUACUGCUUUCAGUGCGGGGAUGGUGGAGAGCUGGUCAUGUGUGACAAAAAGGACUGUCCCAAAGCAUACCACCUCCUAUGCCUUAACCUGACUCAGCCGCCCUACGGAAAGUGGGAGUGCCCGUGGCAUCGUUGUGACGAGUGUGGCAGUGCAGCCAUUUCCUUCUGUGAAUUCUGUCCACACUCCUUCUGUAAAGCACAUGAAAAGGGGGCCCUGGUACCCUCUGCACUAGAAGGUCGCCUCUGCUGCUCCAGCCACGACCCCACAUCUCCUGUGUCAGCGGAAUACUGGAGCAAGAUGAGAUGUAAGUGGGAAUCACAAGAUCGUGGAGAAGACGUGAAGGAAUGAGAGGUGGCGACUUCCUCCCCUACUACUUUCAGUACAAGAGGCACACUGAGGAUUCUCGUGCGCUUGCUGUCAGACUGCCUUCCGACAGGGAUGGGCGCCAGCUCACAGGCUAAAGCACUUGGUGGUGUCUGGUUUUUCUAUUUUGUUGUUCUGGGGAUAAUUUUGUGGACAGCAAAAUUCCUUUGGUCUUUUCUUGCCUUUUAUUGUGCUUCAGUGUCUUUGCAAUCAGCAAAAGAGGUGUCCUCACUUUUAGAGUUGAGAAAGAGAAAGUUAAAAGAAAGUUUUUGUCGCUGAGAUCAGUGUAAAACCUAAGCUGUAAUCCUGGGCUGUGUAAAGCGGAAGUAGCCCUUCCUGUAUUUAUUUUCAUUUUUAGGAAUUCUGAGAAAUGUAGUUCAAACAGUCUAACCUCCGUGAGCAUCUGUGCGUGCGUGUAUGCGUGCGUGUAUGCGUGCGUGUGUGCAUGUGUGCGUGUGUGUUUUUGUGUGUGUGCCUGCACGCAGCACUUGUGCACGCAUGCACUCGACUACCUUUAUAUACCUCUUUACUGAGCCAUAGAUUUGGCUAACUUCUCUUUCCUUUUUCACAUGCCUUUUCUCGUGUCAGAGAAGGCUCUCAGCAAGUAUUCAGACUGGCCUCUUGGAAACAAACUUCAUGACAGCAUUUACCUCCGUGGUCUUAAACUGGGUGGGCUUCAUGGUGCGUCAAUUCUACCUACAAAUAUCUAGUAGGGACAAGAAGUGAGUACAUCCACUCAUUGUGAAAUGUCACCCAUUCACAGAUUUUCUGAUACAUUUGAGGGACGGGAAAGCACAGAAAAAAUGCUCAUUCCUGCUGUCCUGACCACUGGCAAGGGGCUAAAGAAAGAUUAAGGCACAGACCAAAAGUUGGAUCAUAUAUACAUCAUUUUCUGACCAAUUUAAUGUAGAUUCCAGUCUAACCUGGAGUUUGAGGGCAUUUUAUUUUCUGACUUUUUCUCUGCCAAUCCUGUUUCCGUUGCCAGCUGGCUCCCACAGUCCUGUUUUCUGGUAACGCUCUGUAAUGGAAUCUGAGGUCUGUUUUAAUAGACUUUUUCAGUUGCUUUCCUAUCUUAGGGAUGGGGCAAGUGAACAGAAACAUCUCCAAGUUCUAUGUGAAUAAUUUCUACCAAGUAUUAUGCAAUACUUCAGAUUGCCCCCACUGUGUAAGGGGAAGGACGCUCGCUUUCCAGGGUAUGUAGGAGCCACAGUGACUCCAUAGUAGAAAGCACUUGAGAACACUCCCGAAAAAUCAGUGUUUGCAAGCAUGGCUGUGACAUUUCAUAGUACAGACCCAACCAUACCAAGGUGUCCGACCACAGAAUUCACUUGCAUCUAGCACUUAGGAAUAUAUCUAUUCCAGUAUUACUUUUAUGAAAUCAUAUCAGACACAGUAACAUGAGACUAAAUAAAAGUCUAGUGUUACCAUAAAACAUGAACUUUCUCAGUGAGUUUCAACUGCUUACUGGUGGUACCCAGUAGGAUUUAUUCUCCUCAAAAUCCUAGUACUUUACUAACGUAGGGUAGGAGAUGCUCUACAGCAUGGCUGUGUUAGGUGUGCUUCUUCCUUUUUUAAUUUUUUACAAAUCAAUUCAGACCUCUUCUCUGGAAACGAAAGAGCAAUUUUGUGCCUCUUUUUUAAAUAUAUAUAAAUGUGCAAUUUAUAGGCAACAGACACUACAGUUCCCUCUCUAAGCUCCUAAACUGCCAUCACCUAGUUGUAGCACUUGUAGUAAUUUUGCUGGCUAGACAAGUUCCCGAGAGGGAGACAGGCUGGUACACAGCAUCCAGCACAGUCACUACGACUGAUGUGAAGCACAGCCCGCCCAAACACUAAACCUUACUCUUGAGCAAUUAUGAAGUUUGAUGUCCUUUAAAAAAAUAAUGUAAGAGUACCUGGGUUUUAUCAUACUAAAUUUUAUUUUAUACACACAUGAUAAAAUUUUUACAAUCACUGGUAAGGGACUUCCUUUGAUAUUCCAAAUGUAACCCUUAUGAGAACAAUGUCCGAUAUGAGAUUGUAUCUUGUUUCCUUUUUUGACCUCAUGCUUUUUAGUAUCUGAUAACUUUUAUAGAGUAAGCCCUAGGGUGCAUCAUGUAUUUAUAAAUACCUUACCCUGACCUAUCUCUAUUCUGCUUCUCUGGUAUGCCAUAUUCGUUUUUCUAUCUGUAAAAGAAUUUUGCACUUUUCAGAUCUUUUCUUACUAGAUGACUAAUAGGCUUGUUCCCAGAAGCUUUCAUGCUCCAAACUUGCCCUUGCUAUACCAGUGCAAGGGCAUCUUCCUGUGCCAUCGUGGCCUGUGUCUUAGAAUUGAGGGUGAAGAAGACAGAAAGUUGGCCGACUGUGUGUGUGUGAGUGUACAUACACCUUCCUUUCAUGUCCUUUCAUGACAUUCCAGAAGGCACUAUGCUUACUCAGUCUGAAGCUGGUAGUUGUUAGCUUUUAAAUAUGAUUUUAGUAUACAGUAUUUAUGGUUGAUUUUAUUCAGCCCAGAAAUAAAGGACUUAAAGCAGCAUGGGAUAAUAGUGGUAUUUCUUAACCUCAGGAGGAAAGUUCUGAUUAUCAUCGUAAAGCUUUAGAAGUUUGGCUGGAAAGAGCUAGAGAUGGUAGCGUGAAGCCACCAAAGGCUGUGCCUUGGAGGCCUCGCUGGGCUGCCAGAGUAGCAGCCUGUGCCUGGCCCGCAGGACAGGCCCAGUGCUCGUCACUGCCCGUGUGCUGAAGCAGCUGCUGCUGAGUGCAGUCUCCAGUCAGGUGGAGACCAGAGUGGGGCAGGGUUUAUCUUCACCUUUGCUUUGCAAGCCCUACCCUAUUUUAAUUCUCAGAAAUUACCUUUCCUAAGCUGUAGAAUAGA